CUUGCCUCUAAAAAUCUCUGCAGCAGAGUUCUCCCUCCUAUCCUCCACCUCUCCACAUUCCAUACCUUGAAAGUUCCAUCCAUGUACCCCCCUGAGGUUGCUGGCUUACAGUAUAGAGGCCAGCUAGACUUUAAGAAAAGGUUCUUUGGAGCUUAUGCAAGCCAAGUCCAAGCCAUGGGUUCAGUAGAUGGAGUUUCUUUGCCUUGUUCCGGCCCUUGUCACAACCCAACAUCAGAUGAGGCUGAUGAGCACCGAGCAAGCCUUGAGGAUGAGAGGAGGAGGAGGAGGAUGAUAUCAAAUAGAGAGUCAGCCCGGCGGUCACGCAUGAGGAAGCAGAGUCUCCUGGAUGAGCUGCGGUCACAGGUGGUAUACCUCCGAGCCAUGAACCGAAGGCUCAUCGACGAGAUCAACCAUGUGUUGGAGGAGCAAGAUCGGAUCCUCCAGGAGAACGCCUGGCUCAGGGAGGAAGCAUCUGAUCUCCAGAAAAAGCUCCACGACAUGCAAGUAGAGAUCACGAGUGCUGCUCCAAGAGCUCCAUAUCAAGCAUGAAAAUUUGCUGGGAUCUAGCACCCAUCAGGGACAUGAUUCACCCAGUGAAAUCUUU